CUCCGAGAGCCUUUCGCUGCUCCUUCCUCCGACCAGCAGGAGAAAGUGCCCGGAUCAGUCCUAAUACGGGCAACUCGGGAAGGGGGCAGACGCGUCAGCUGGGCGUGUAACACGAGCUUGUGCGCUUUUGGAGGCGGCCGACUCAGCGACCCCCGGGAUCCACGUGGAGCGCCUAAGGAGGACCUGCCUCAAUUAGCAACAGCACCAGCAGCAAAAGUUGGGACACCCCGCUCCCCAGACAUGCAGGAUCCUAAUGCGGACACAGAGUGGAAUGACAUCUUGCGUAAAAAAGGCAUCCUUCCUCCGAAAGAAAAGCUGAAAGAGCAAGAACAAGCUGAAGAGGAAAGGGAGCUGCAGAUAAUCCAGCAAAAAUCUGUUGUGAAAACAUAUGAAGACAUGACCCUGGAAGAACUUGAAGAAAAUGAAGAUGAAUUCAGUGAGGAAGAUGAACGUGCUAUGGAAAUGUACAGGCAGCAAAGGCUAGCUGAAUUGAAAGCCUUGCAAGCAAAGAAUAAAUUUGGACACGUUUUAGAGAUCUCGGGACAGGAUUACGUCCAAGAAAUUACCAAAGCUGGCAAGGAUAUAUGGGUGAUACUACACUUGUACAAGCAAGGUAUUCCCCUUUGUGCCUUGAUAAAUCAACACUUAAACGGACUUGCAAGGAAGUUCCCAGACGUCAAGUUCGUCAAAGCCAUUUCGACAACCUGCAUACCCAACUAUCCAGAUAGAAACCUCCCCACAAUCUUCGUCUACCUUGAAGGGGACAUCAAGGCCCAAUUUAUUGGACCCCUGGUGUUUGGAGGCAUGAACCUGACAAGUGAUGAAUUGGAGUGGAAGAUUUCUGAGUCGGGUGCCAUCAAGACAGACCUGGAGGAGAACCCCAGGAAGCAGAUCCAGGACCAGCUGAUGACUUCCAUCAAGUGCUCUGUUCCAGCAAGGAGGGAAGAAAGUGACCCAGAAGAUGACUAGGGCCUCGUGUGAAGCUCAGUUCUAUGCCUGAGUACUCUGAAGUUAGUCUGACUGCAUUCAGUGGGACUUGACUUCCAUGUAAAGAGUGCAUGUGAUUGCAGCCCCAUAAAUACCACUGACGGGUUUUUGCUUUUGCUUUUUAGAUUUUACUAAAGAAGUCGUGGUUAUGUGGAGGCUUGCCGAGCAGUAAAUUGGAGGAAAUUGAAAAGGCUUCCUGAUGAAUCAGGCGCUUGUUGUGGACAUUCCCUACUGUGGACAUAACUACCAACAGUACAUUUGCCCUCUGGGUGUUUGCUUGCUCUUUCCUCUGUUGGGUGACAACUCUCUCCUCUGUACCAGAGUCAUUUUAAGCACAGAGAGUGCUUGGUCAUUUCUAUGCUUUUGACAAAGGCCAACAACUCCAUUAUUGUUGGGGAACGGCUAUAAUGCAAUUCUUGAUUCUCAAAUAAAAAUACAUGAUUAAUUUUUAAAGGGCAGUGUGGAACAUUGUGCAUAUUUUAUUCUACCGUGGAAGGCUAAUAUUGCUGCCAAGAUCUCAGAAUUACAGUGAGAAUAUUUGUAUAUUUACUUAAAAUCUUUAAAAACUCUGAAAGUUUUUUUGACUGUCUCAUGGAGAUGCAGUGUGUUCUAUUCUGUUCUUGAAAUGUAACAGAAGGACACUUUUAAACAGUUCAAUUUGUCCCGCACCCAAUGUUCUCGAUUUUGGUAAAACUACGGUAGUGCAAUUGCAUAUCUGUUUUCUCAGAGGCAAGUCCCCCCUCCAUGCUCAGUAGAACUUACUCCCAAGUAAAUGUGUACAGUAUAUACUGCAUCUUUAGUGGCUGAGCAUCUUUCUACCACCCCCUGCCCCUCCAUGAAGAAGUGCUAUUCAGUCUUGUAUUGAAAGUAGGUAAAUGACGGCCGCUAUAAAUAUUUUUUGUUGCCCAUAAAAGUUGUAAUAAAAACGAUGCAGUAGAAUGCAGUCAAUCUUCAGGCUUCUGGAUAUUUUAUUGAGUAAAUAUCCAAUCCGAACAUGCAGAAAGACCAUUUGGACUGUGCCAUUUUAGACUGGAAGUGGGGAAUCGGCAUAGAAUCAUAGUUUUAGAGAUUGCAGGGGACUCUGGAGGUCAUCUGGUCCAACAUGUUUCCUAUUGCAAAAUUGCUUGACAUUUAAAACAAGAAACUGCUCAUAGAAAGAUAAAACACCCUCUUUCCUGACAUGCUAGCUUUCCAUGUGCAGGAAAGCUUUUCUCAUGUGAGGGAGUAUUCACCUAUAGCCUGACAUACCGGUACUAUAAUACUGUACUAUACUAUACUACUACUCUAAUAAAGAGCUCUGCAAAAUGUUAUGUCAAAUUAUUUGAGCCUUCCUCAACUCUUUUAAGAGUGACUUUUCACGUAACAUUUUGAAAUUGGAUAUAUACACACUGCCAUAGGUACGUACAUGUUGAAAUAGCUAGUUUUUAUCUGCAAAUAUGUAUAGAAGGAUUGAGCCCUCAUGUCAUACCGGUAGAACCAUUUGGUUGGAGGAAGUCUUGUAGACCAUCUUGCCCAACUCCCUGUAGGAAACUUUGAACAUCCUUAUCAGAUUGUUCUUCUGCCUAUGCUUGAAGAGGCCCAGGAAGGGCAAACUCGCCACCUUCCCCAGGCAAUCGAUUCCAUUGUACAACUGUUCUCCCUAUCAAUAAAUUCUUAUGCUCAACCAGAUUUUUUCUUCCUGUAAUUUAAGCCCAUUGGAUCCUGACCUCUGACAGCUGGAGGAGGUGUUGGGGACGCAUUACAGUGACCAUUUAAAUUCAUGUGCACUUUUCAACAAGUAGUGGCAUUUAAAAAACACACAACACUUUGGUACCAUUUCUCCUGUAUUCCAUGCAAUUGUGUAUAAUAUUAAAUUUGGGCCUUCACAUAAUUAUUUUGCAUGUGCAAGUAUUUUACAUCACUGAAUAAAGCAUUUUUAAAAUUGA